AUUUAUGAAUCUUCCGGUCACGCUUGCAAGGUGAUUCGACAAUGGGUAAACUGCACAAGUUGGAUAACAGGAUACAAAUAAUGCUUAAAAAUGGCAUUCUUCGGAAGCACAGGUCGUUGUUUGUUAUGGUUGGGAAUAAAGGUCAGGACCAGGUUCCUAUAAUGCAUCAAAUUUUAAAUUCUCUCUCAAGUAAAGGAAGGCUCAGCAUAUUGUGGUGCUACAAAAAGGAGUUGAGUUUUAGCACGUAAGCUUCACUUUUACAUAUCAUGUCCCUAGUCACCGUAAGAAGAAUCUCAAACUUUUAAACAAAAGGCGAAAAGCAGGGUUGACAUCUGAUGCUACAAUUUUCGAGCAAUUUGUAUGUUCGACAGAUAUACGUUGGUGUUAUUACGAUGAGUCGCAUAAAAUUCUUGGACAAACGUUCGACAUGUGUGUACUUCAAGAUUUCGAAGCCCUAACACCAAAUUUACUUGCUCGGACUAUUGAAACAGUAUCCGGUGGAGGUCUCAUAGUUCUGUUAUUGAAAUCUAUGACCUCCUUACAACAACUGUGUACUAUGGUUAUGGAUGUUCAUUCUCGAUAUCGCACUGAAUCACAACACACUGUCGUCGGUCGAUUUAAUGAAAGGUUUUUAUUGUCAUUGGCUAGUAAUCCUCGGUGUCUUGUAUUAGACGAUCGAUGGAAUGUCCUACCAUUGUCACGAAAAGUCCUCAAUUCACUGACACCGUUGCCGGCUGAUGCAAACGAGGAAUUUAAUAUGGAACAAAAAGAGCUACAAAAACUUAAAGUGUCCUUAGCUGAAGAUGGCUCACAAUUUGCUCCCUUAAUUAAGUUGUGUAUCACAUUUGACCAGGCUAAGAGUCUUGUCCAAUUUUGUGCUACUUUGGCUUCAGCUUCACAGUUGCAAAAUAAGGGUUGCGAUAAAAACCCUCAAAAUGUUACAUCUCUGGCUACAGCAAACUCUCUUCUUUCAUCCAUCGGAGCUGGACCCAAGGAAACCGGUUGCUCAUCAGCCUUUGUUAUUGUAACCUCCGGCAGAGGCCGAGGUAAGUCUGCAGCACUAGGACUUGGAUUAGCUGCUGCUUUUGAAACUGGUAUGCCUAACUUGUACGUUACUGCACCCAGUCCGGAGAACCUAAAUACACUUAUGCAGUUUGUUGUAAACGGCUUAAACGCUUUUCAAUAUGAAGAACACCAAGAUUAUAUCGUCAGUCGCUCAGUGAAUCCCGAAUAUAAUCAAGCUAUAAUUAGAAUCGAUGUUUACAGACAGAGUCACAGACAAUCCCUCAUCUAUCUACCCCCAUGGGAGAUGGCUGCCCUGUCGAGUGUCAAACAAGCAGAUCUAGUAUGUAUCGACGAGGCUGCUGCCAUUCCAUUACCUCUUAUACAAUCCAUUAUUAAUGGUCCGAGAUUUGUAUUUAUGGCGUCCACCAUUAAUGGUUACGAAGGUACUGGUCGAUCUCUAUCUUUCAAACUAAUGCGUCAACUGCGAUCUCAAUGUAGUGUGUCAGUAACUUCUACAAAGUUGUCAACCGACAAUGCGAAGUCUCAGUCCCUCCAAUCGACGGAGAAAAACCAAAUGUUAUUGGGAAAAGGUUUUCGAUUAGUCGAUACUUCGCGAGUACUAUGUGAAGUUUCUCUCACUGAAGCUAUUCGUUAUGCUUGUGGUGAUCCAAUCGAAGCUUGGCUAUUCGACCUAUUGUGUUUGGACUGUGGUGAUUCUCUGUCUUGUGACCAGCAAGCUAAUAAUGUGAAUAUUUACCUACCUCCUGUUGAUCAAUGUCAGUUGUACUACGUUAACAGAGAUACUUUGUUUGCGUAUCAUAAGUCAACGGAAAUAUUUUUACACAGACUCAUGGCUCUUUAUGUUUCAUCGCAUUACAAAAAUUCUCCAAAUGAUUUACAACUACUUUCAGAUGCGCCUGCUCACCAUAUAUUUUGUCUUCUCGCUCCCUAUGAUCCUAAAUCUGGGUGUGUACCAGAGAUUCUUUGUGUACUUCAAGUUUCUCUUGAGGGAAAAAUAAACAAGGAUCGAGUAAUGCAUAACCUUUCUCGUGGUUUACGUCCUUCUGGUGAUUUGAUUCCUUGGACUUUAUCUCAACAGUUUUGUGAUGCCAGCUUUGGUGAAUUAUCUGGUGUUCGUGUUGUACGAAUUGCUACUCAUCCUGAUUAUCAAGGUCUUGGUUACGGAACUAGAGCUUUAAAACUACUUUAUGACUAUUACAACGAACAAACGGACAUUAAAAUUUUGCCAGAAAGUCAGCAUACUGACAUUCAAACUGAAAAGGUUGACAACAGUGGUUCUACCGAAGAGACUAAGAGCUAUAAUCAAACAUUCAAUAAAUCUUCAAAAUCAAAACCUCCAACCCUGAGUUUUAACUGUGAAUUAGAUAAAGGAAACAAUCAGGAUGAUUCGGAUGCCAGUUUAGAUUCAGAUAAUACAAAGUUAUCUGAAAAUAAUUCAAAGCUUCUCACAGAAGUGAUAAAACGGCGUGAGCCUGCCAGUCUGCCCCCUCUGCUAAGUCGUCUUAACGAACGUCCUUCUGAAAAACUUGAUUACAUUGGUGUUUCUUUCGGUGCUACUCCUAGUUUACUGAGGUUUUGGAAACGAUCAGGUUACGUACCUGUGUAUCUUCGUCAAAACAUGAAUGAGUUGACCGGGGAAUUCACGUGCAUAAUGGUGAAACCGCUGAAGCACCAAAGUGUCUCAUCACGAUCGGCCGAAUGGCUUCGGAAUUACUUUUAUGAUUUUACCAAACGCUUAAUACAUCUCUUGCCUGGACCAUUUAGACACAUGGAUGGAACUUAUGGUCUUGAACUCCUUAGUCAUAAAUCAAUGGAAACUGAAAUAUCUAAUGAGCUUACCCAAUCAGAAAUUCAAAGUUUAUUUAGCCCAGUGGAUUUAGAAAGACUGAGGCGUUAUAGUAGGUCACUUAUUGAUUUCCACCUUGUCAACGAUCUUUUACCUCGUUUGGCUCAGAUUUAUUUUCAAAGGCGUCUGCCAAAUGUGCGAUUAAAUAAAACUCAGCAGGUUAUCCUCUUAUGUAUGGGUUUACAACAUAAAACAGUGGAACAAAUAUCUAGUGAAUUUAAUCGUCUACUUGGUGAUUCUGCUCGCCCUCAAAUUAGAGUUUCUGGAUUUUCAAGGUCUGAUGAUGCAGUAUAUUCAGUGCUAAAUUCUCUAAAAGAAAAAGGCGACCUAUCUGGAUCCACAUUCAACACCGAUACUUUUGAUCAUAAAAAGAAGGGACCAGAUACAGGGGUUAAUUCAGGUUGGACUAAGUGUAUUCUUGGACUUCUGUUUGUUAUUGUUCGUGAGCAUAUCAAGUCGUUAGACGCUAUACUUGUGUCUGAAAACAAAAGUAGAAUGGAAUCUAAAAAGGAAACAAUCAAUGAACAUUUACAGCCAGUCAUUGAUGUACAUCUAAAAGACGGCAGUUACGCUGCGCUCAGAGUAGAUGAAAAUACGUUAUCAGAGUCUGACGAAGAAAAGUCUGAUGAAUGCGAGAAUUCACUUUCAGAUGAUGACAACGAUAGUGAUUUAGAAAAUCAAGAGCUCUCUAACAUUCAUCCUUUAGAAUCGAAGUCAGAAAUCAGCGACUCUGAACGCGAACGUCGAUCUACUUUAAUACGUCAGCUAAUAUCGGAAGAAAUUUCCGGCCAAAGUAAUUUAUUUUCUUCUUACAAAAUUCAAGGUUCUGAAACUGAUUGGGCUGAAGCUGUAAUUGGACAUGGAGCUGAUCUUUCAUCUCUAAAUGUAAAAUUGUCAUCUAGUAAAAAUAUUAGCAAUAAAAGGAAAAAUAAAAGUGAUCGUUUCAAUACUCAACAGUCUAGUCACUUAGAGAAGAAAAAACAUAAAAAGAAACUCAAACUGACAAAAUCGAAGCGCCAAAAGCUGAAUUGAUUUCGGAAGAAUUAUUUUCUACUUGUGUACAGUGAUGUAAAAAUUUAAAUAUAUGGUUGACCAUAUAUCCUUGUUUUUUCGUUUUCAUGUAGCAUAUGGAUAGGCUGAUCCAAUCAAACUUAUGCGAUUAACCUCUUAAGUGACAACUGAUUAUCUUUUAAUUAUUG